GCUGACAUUAGGGAGCGUCUUAAAAUAGGAGGCCAGGGGGGCCGAGCCGCACUCAGCCGGACCCCUCGGACAGGCACGGGCUAGACACCCACACACACACAGCACACACGCACUCAGCGCUCUCUGCAGGAAGGAUGUCCAUCCUUAAGAUCUACGCUCGCGAGAUCCUCGACUCCAGAGGAAACCCCACCGUGGAGGUCGACCUUCACACAGAGAAAGGUCGUUUCAGGGCUGCAGUCCCCAGCGGUGCCUCCACAGGAGUUCAUGAAGCUCUGGAGCUGAGAGAUGGUGAUAAGACCCGUUACCUGGGCAAAGGUGUGACUAAAGCUGUGGAUCAUGUGAACAAGGACAUCGUCCCGAAGCUGCUGGAGAAAAAGCUGAGUGUUGUUGACCAGGAGAAGAUUGACCAGCUCAUGCUGGAGCUCGACGGAACUGAGAACAAAUCUAAGUUUGGAGCUAAUGCUAUCCUGGGUGUGUCGCUGGCGGUGUGUAAGGCUGGAGCUGCUGAGAAAGGUGUUCCUCUGUUCCGUCACAUCGCCGACCUCGCCGGAAACAAAGACGUCAUCCUUCCUGUACCUGCGUUUAACGUGAUUAAUGGUGGUUCUCAUGCUGGGAAUAAGUUGGCCAUGCAGGAGUUCAUGAUCCUGCCUGUGGGGGCGUCUAACUUCCGCGAGGCGAUGAGGAUCGGGGCGGAGGUUUACCACAAUCUGAAGGGGGUCAUCAAGGGAAAAUACGGCAAGGAUGCCACCAACGUAGGAGAUGAGGGCGGCUUCGCCCCCAACAUCCUGGAGAACAACGAGGCUCUGGAGCUGCUGAAGUCAGCUAUCGAGAAGGCCGGCUACGCUGAUAAAAUCAUCAUCGGGAUGGACGUGGCCGCCUCCGAAUUCUUCAGGAGUGGAAAAUACGACCUGGACUUCAAAUCCCCCGACGACCCCAAACGCCACAUCACCGGAGACCAGCUCGGAGAUCUGUACAAGAGCUUCAUCAAGAACUACCCAGUCCAGUCCAUCGAGGACCCCUUCGACCAAGACGACUGGGAGAACUGGACGAAAUUCACCGGAUCUGUGGAUAUCCAGAUUGUAGGUGACGAUCUGACGGUGACCAACCCCAAACGCAUCCAGCAGGCCGUGGAGAAGAAGGCCUGCAACUGCCUGCUGCUCAAAGUCAACCAGAUCGGCUCCGUCACCGAGUCCAUUCAAGCGUGUAAGCUGGCCCAGAAGAAUGGAUGGGGUGUGAUGGUCAGUCAUCGCUCCGGAGAGACAGAAGAUACUUUCAUCGCUGACCUGGUGGUCGGCCUCUGCACAGGACAGAUUAAGACUGGCGCCCCCUGUAGGUCAGAGCGUUUGGCCAAAUACAACCAGCUGAUGAGGAUUGAGGAGCAGUUGGGAGAUAAAGCCAAGUUCGCUGGGAAAGACUUCCGUCACCCAAAAGUCAACUAAAGUCUGAGGAGCUGAGUCUGACUCCCAAAGGCCGUCCGUAAUCCUGAUUAUCCCCAAGGACUUUUUAUACUGAGGAUCCGUCUGAUUCCAGUCCGAUCUGCAGCCAGACGAUCCGCCGGAUUCUGAGAUUUAACUCUUUAUGUUGGAAAAACCCACAAAUACAAAUAAACAACUCCACUUCCUGUUCUA